CAGGGGGCUGCGGCGAGACGGGGGGCACAGCCCUGCGCACCCCCUGGGGGCUGCGAGCCGCCUCACCGGAGUAACGAACGGCGGCAGCGUAGCGUGAGCAGGUGUCGGAGUCACUUGGCGCGGGUUUGUGCUGGCAGCCGUUUCUGGGACAGCCCCCGGCGGCGCUUUCCGCACGGGUGGCUGCAGUGUGGGCAGGAGCCGCAGGUGUGUGCGCACCCUCCGCACCGCUGCCGCCGGCACCGCCAGCGCGCUGCGCGCUUCGUUCUGCGGAGCGCUGCGGCUGCCUGCGGUAACCCCGGCCCCGGCGGGGCUGUGCCCCUGGCGCUUGUUUACAUUCGACGCAUGGAUCGUUCCCCCGGGAGAAACGCAACAGCGGAACGGUGGUGGUGAAGUCGGCCGCACCUAACAGCCACAGCACAGUUUGUGGUGGUUUAGUUUGGGGAGAUUUUGCAAGGGUUUUAAUACAGAACUGCCACUUGCUGGAAUGUUGUUAUGAUUCUUUUCAAAUCACUUCUGACUGGCAGGAGGAGUUUGGUGGGGUUUUUUUCUGUCAGUGAAGUUUGCAGGAACCUUAUGCUAAUAGGUAAAAUAAUAAGAGAAAAAUGACAUUAAGGAAAGUGAACAUUUCCAUCCUUAUAGUGGCUGUUGUCAUAUUUUUGCUAGUUCUUCAUCAUAACUUCCUAGGCCUCAGUGACUUCUUGAAGCGGGAAUUGUCAGAUUCAAAUCCAUUAGGACUUCAGCCCAUAGAUUUCAUACCUGCGGUUCCCCAGAGGCUGGCAGAUGAACGGAAUGAUAAGGAGAUUUCUGUGGUCAUUGCAGCAUCAGAUGAGAGGCUUGGGGGUGCAAUUGCAGCCAUGAACAGUAUUUACCAACACACCAGAUCCAAUGUGGUUUUCCAUAUUGUUACUUUGAAUGAUACUGUGGAUCACUUGAGGCUGUGGCUGAGUAACACUGCUCUGAAAAAUUUGAGAUACCGAAUUUUGGAUUUUGACCCUCGUGUCUUAGAAGGAAAAGUACAAGUGGAUCCUCAAAAGGCAGACACCUUAAAACCAUUAACCUUUGCAAGAUUCUACUUGCCCAGUUUGGUGCCUCAUGUGGAGAAGGCCAUCUAUGUGGAUGAUGAUGUAAUAGUGCAAGAUGAUAUUCUUGAACUUUACAACACUCCAUUGAAACCUGGACAUGCAGCUGCAUUUUCAGAUGAUUGUGACUCAACCACUAAUAAAGUUGCUGUCCGUGGAGCAGGCAAUCAGUAUAAUUACAUUGGGUUUUUAGAUUACAAAAAAGAAACCAUCCGAAAGCUUGCCAUGAAAGCCAAUACCUGCUCUUUCAAUCCAGGAGUUUUUGUUGCCAAUUUGACAGAAUGGAAAUUACAGAACAUCACUAAGCAAUUGGAGAAGUGGAUGGCACUUAAUGUAGCAGAGGAACUCUACAGUAGGACUCUGGCUGGCAGCAUCACGACACCUCCACUGCUAAUUGUAUUUUACAAGCAACAUUCCAGUAUUGAUCCCAUGUGGAAUGUCCGGCAUCUUGGGUCUAGUGCUGGAAAAAGGUACUCGCCCCAGUUUGUGAAAGCUGCCAAGCUGCUCCAUUGGAAUGGACAUUUCAAACCAUGGGGAAGAACAGCUUCAUACGCUGAAGUCUGGGAGAAGUGGUAUGUCCCUGACCCUACAGGCAAGUUCAGCCUGAUCCGCAGACAUUCAGAAGCCUAUGAAGCAAAAUAGAAUCAAUUUCAAUAACUGAUGGCAUUUUCUCAGGAAACUUCUGGAGCCAAGCAGAACUUUUUUUUAGCCAACUUGUAUUACAGAGCAGUCCUUGCCUUCUGGAGCACAAGGUGAUACACUUAUUCAGGUGCCGUUCUGAAAUGCGCAGGUCCAAACGAGACUCGCUUCACCUGUGUGACAGAAGAUGCUACUUCAGCAGCACUGCAGAAAGCCAGGAUCUCCACAAAGUAGCACUUUUAAUAGUUCAUUUCUGCCGGUUGGGGGUUCUGCUCUUCGCUACAAGUCUUCUGGAGGAGCAUCCUACGGAAAGAAACAGUUUCUUUCAUCAGCUACGGAAAGAAACAGUUUCUAAGAACAAGAUACAACUUCAGCUGGUGCUCGCACCAUGCAAACCUUGCCCAGCAAUGUACUGUAAUUAAGUGCUGCUUGGGUUUUGUUCUGGGGCGGGGUUUUUGGGUUUGUUUUCUUAUCCUGUGAAUUAAUUUUCUCAACUACCCCUUCUUGCAUGAAAACUCUUCCCAACCAGUUUUGUGUCUUUCUUGCAGAAUUCUGCAAAAUUGAAUCUUUUUUUGAAAGAUGAAUUUUUCAAGUAUUAUUUCACUAUGCAAAGUCGUUCUAACUGCCAGUGAACACUAAAACGUUUUUUUAAAGUGGUGGACUUCAAAAAUAAAAGCUGAUUUUAACAUGUUGACACAAA